AUGGCCACCGAGGUGUCCCCGCUGCUGACGCAGCCCAAGGCGCACGGCUCGCACGUGAGCCUCGUCGAGUGGGCCGAGGUCGAGAGCCUCACGCGACCCGAGGUUGAAGCGCCCGACGAGGAAGAGACGACGUCGACCUGCUGUGGCCUGCGCCUGCCCUUUAGCUGGCGCACGCUCUGGGCGUACGCCGGUCCAGGCUGGCUCAUGAGCAUUGCGUACGUGGACCCUGGCAACCUCGAGUCGGAUCUGCAAGCCGGCGCAUAUGGCGGCUACGAGCUCAUCUGGGUGCUCUUUGGCGCGACCGUCAUGGGCUUCUUCCUCCAGACGCUGUCCGCGCGCCUCGGCGUCGUCACGGGCAAGAACCUCGCCGAGGUUUGCUACGCCAUGUACCCGCGCUGGGCGUCGUACAUUCUCUGGGUCAUGACAGAGAUUGCGAUCGUCGGCAGUGACAUCCAAGAGGUCCUCGGAUCCGCGAUCGCGCUCCAGCUGCUCUUUCAACUGCCGCUCUGGGUCGGUUGCCUCAUCACGGGCGUUGACACACUGACCUUUCUCUCGCUGCAUCAGUUUGGCAUCCGCAAGCUCGAAGCGUUCUUCGUCGCACUCAUUGCCGUCAUGCUCGCGUGCUUUUGCAUGAACCUCGCCCAAGGCGGCGUGGAUCCGAUCCCGGUUCUCGACGGCUUUCUGCCGCGGCCGCCGUCGCGCUAUGCCACGACGCAGGCAGUUGGUAUCCUCGGCGCCGUCAUCAUGCCCCACAACUUUUAUCUGCACUCGGGUCUCGUCCAGUCGCGCGCUGUGGAUCGAACCAACGCCCGCAAGGUCCGCGAAGCCAACAAAUACUUUACGAUCGAGUCGGCGGUCGCACUGUUCGUGUCGUUUCUGAUCAACCUCGCGGUCAUGUGCGUGUUUGCCAAAGGCUUCUUCUCGCCCGACUGUCUCCAGUCGUUCGAGACACACGGCGUCAACACGGCGUGUGUUCCGCUCAACACGUCGACGACCGAAUCGUACGGGUCGUGCCAGCUCAUGGAAGGCUCGCGGGCCAUGGGCGUGUGCCAAGAAAUUGGGCUCUCGGGCGCUGGCCUCGCCCUCCGCGGUGUUCUCGACGAGUACUCGGAGACGAUCUGGGCGAUUGGCCUCCUCGCUGCCGGCCAGAGCUCGACCAUGGCCGGCACGUACGCGGGUCAGUUUGUCAUGGAAGGUUUUCUCCGGAUCCAGUUGGCGCCGUGGAAGCGUGUGGCGCUGACGCGCGCGGUGGCGCUCGUGCCGGCCCUCGCUGUUGCGAUCUGGUCCGACACGCAACCGGGGGCCAGUGAUACGAUUGGCGAGAUGCUCAACGUGCUGCAGUCGAUCCAGCUGCCGUUUGCACUGCUGCCCAUCUUGCAUUUCACGAGCCACGUGGGUUUAAUGGGCGCCUUCGUCAACUCGACAACGACCAAAGCCGCGGGCUGGGCCGUCGCGCUCCUCGUCUGUCUCGUCAACCUCUACCUCGUCGUGCAAAAGGUUGAUGUGAGCGAGAUGGGCCCAGCGUCCCUUCUCGCGUUCUUCUCGGCGGGUACGGGCUACGUGGCUUUUCUUGCGUACCUCGUGCACAUGGAGCUCCAGCAGUAUGCCUGGUACAUCUGGACGCGCAAGAACUAGAGCUUUCGAUAGACUAGUGUCGAACCAGACAAAUCGCACUAAUGCACAUUUGCUGCGAGGCUCC